GAAAGCAAAGAGGCAGGGAUGCCUCCAAAAAAAGCAGCAAGACCUACCUGAGAACUUUGGGAGCUACAGAAGAUAUAUUUUUUUAAAAUACCCAUAUGCUCCAUUGUAAGCAGCAGCAAAUUGUGGCAGAAGCUAGUUUCAGCUUUCAAAAAGAAAGAAAGAAAAGACUGUGAAGCAAUCCCUUUCAUCUUUCCCUGAAUACUGGAGGAGGAAUGGAUAGGCUGGUCAAAUCACCUGAGGAGCACCAUGAACACGAUGAUGGAGGCAGAGACCUCAAGGUGAGUGAUGCAAUUGGGGAAGGACCAACACGGAGAAGGAUGAGAGAAAUAAAGAGCACAAUUGCUGAGGAAGAAGGCAGCAAACCGAACCUGGAAAGGGGCAACAGGAGAAAAGGAGGCGGAGUGGUGGUGAAAUAGAGAUGAGGCCCAGGCUGGCAGGGACGGCUCCUCGAGGUCGCGUUGGUGAGCUGCCCGGGCGAGAAGAGGCCGAGGCGUGGACAGAGGUCGGGCUGGGAAGACUGUGAUGGAAAAAAAGAAGGCCGCCUCGCUUGGGAUUCACGCAAGCUCGUUUUUCCUGCAAGGAGUUGCGCGCUCUACUCAGAAGUCAGCCCAAAUGACGGCCAUGCGAUUUACUCCCCAGCAAGUUUGUUUAGGUUUGCGCCGUUUGGGGCGAAAAUAAUCUUCACUUCACACAGCAGUAUACCGACAUUAAAAUCAGGCUGUUAACACCGGGUGAAAUGGGCACACGGAAUAUUCUAUAUUCAGGAAUACAAGAAAACCAACAAAGUGGAGUCAAGUACAUGCAGCAGCUUCAUGGGCUUGAAGGAUCACUUGGGGCAUGACCUCGGCCACCUCUAUGAGGACAGUGCUGAGACACCGAUGAGUGCAAUUGCACCUUGGUCGAUGGUGGAAAAACCAACCAUGGAUAAAAUAAACUCUAGGAAGGAGGAUGCAGACAAGGAAACCUCUGAAGAAACUGGGAGCUCCAGUUGUGAUUCGGAGGAGAGUACAAAUUCUGAUAAUGAAUCAGAGCAACCAGCCACCACUGGAACAAAAUUGUGCUCGCUGCCUAAGACUCACAGACAACUGUGCAGAUCUCCUUGCUUGGAACCCCAUAUACUACAACGCAAUGAAAUCUUGCAAGACCUUAAGCUAGAAGAAGCCCGUAUCAUAUCUAAAGAAAUUAAGAAACCCCCCGAUGUGGUCAAAGAAUAUCAAACCAAACUGGACUUUGCACUGAAGUUAGGUUACUCUGAAGAACAGGUUCAGCUUGUACUGAAUAAGCUCGGUACUGAUGCUUUAAUCAAUGAUAUACUGGGAGAACUUGUCAAACUUGGAAAUAAAACUGAGAUGGAUCAGAGCGUAAGUAACGUUAAUGCUAGCAUAAUGCGGGAAGCGUCUUCUGUUGAAUCUCAGCGAUCUGACUCUCCCCUUCCGGAGGAUGUGCCAAUGGAUGGUGAUAACCUGAGACCUAUAGUUAUUGAUGGCAGUAAUGUGGCAAUGAGCCAUGGAAACAAAGAAGUAUUCUCUUGUCGGGGGAUAAAACUGGCAGUGGACUGGUUUUUGGAAAGAGGCCAUAAAGGUGUUACAGUGUUUGUGCCAGCAUGGAGAAAAGAACAGUCACGACCAGAUGCUCUCAUUACAGACCAAGAAAUCUUACGUAAAUUAGAAAAGGAGAAAAUUCUGGUGUUCACCCCAUCCCGCCGUGUGCAGGGGAGAAGGGUGGUAUGCUAUGACGACAGGUUCAUAGUGAAAUUAGCCUUUGAGUCAGAUGGUAUAAUUGUAUCUAACGAUAACUACAGGGAUCUCGCUAAUGAAAAGCCAGAAUGGAAGAAGUUCAUUGAUGAGCGGCUGCUGAUGUAUUCAUUUGUCAAUGACAAGUUCAUGCCUCCUGAUGAUCCUCUUGGCCGUCAUGGCCCAAGUCUGGAUAAUUUUUUAAGGAAGAAACCUAUUGUACCAGAGCAUAAGAAGCAACCAUGUCCAUAUGGGAAGAAAUGCACUUAUGGACACAAGUGCAAAUACUACCAUCCGGAAAGAGGGAAUCAGCCUCAGAGGUCGGUCGCCGAUGAACUUCGUGCCAUGUCUAGGAACACAGCUACCAAAGCUGCUAGUGAAGGAGGGCUGGUGAAAAGCAACAGUGUUCCUUGUAGUACUAAGAUUGAUAGCACUUCGGAUCUCAAACGAGUUGCUCCAAAGAGGCAAUCAGAUCCUAGUAUAAGGACUCAAGUCUAUCAAGACUUGGAGGAAAAGCUUCCCACCAAAAACAAGUUGGAAACCAGGUCUGUACCUUCUUUAGUUAGUAUCCCGAAUUCUGCUGCUGCAAAACCCCAAAGUAGUGCACCUUUGAGCAAUGGCCUUCCAGCUGGAGUUCAUUUCCCACCUCAGGAUCAAAGACCACAGGGACAGUACCCUCCAGUGAUGAUGGCAACCAAAAAUCAUGGAACGCCAAUGCCUUAUGAGCAGUAUCCCAAAUGUGAGUCUCCUGUGGAUGUAGGCUACUAUUCAAUGCUAAGUGCAUAUUCAAACCUGGCUAUCUCUGGCCCACGAAGUCCUGAAAGGUGUUUCUCUUUGGACACGGAUUACAGAAUUAGUUCUGUAGCCUCCGAUUGUAGUAGCGAAGGAAGCAUGAGCUGUGGCAGCAGCGACUCCUACGUCGGCUACAACGAUCGGUCCUACGUGAGCUCUCCUGACCCUCAGCUGGAAGAGAAUUUAAAGUGCCAACACGUACACCCCCACAGUCACCUUAACUCUCAGCCGUUCCUGCAAAGUUACCACGAUACGUUGACAAGGGUGCAAAAUUACAGUCACGAAGAACCAAAGCAUCAUCACAAACCUCCACUUCCAUACAUGGCUGUACACCUUCAGCAUCCUGGUCUUGCGUCUCGCUCGAGUUGUCCUGGUGACUAUCCCACACCCCAGAGUUCCCAGCAUUCUAAGAACGUACAUCUAGGAAGAGCCCUUGUGUCCACAAGAAUAGACAGCAUAUCCGACUCUCGUUUGUACGACAACUCCCCAUUAAGGCAAAGGAAGUGUUACUCUGGGCAGGAUGGACUGGGUAGUUGGGACAGGCAAGGCUAUGGGAUUGAUACUUACGGCUAUCGCCAGACUUACUCUUUGCCCAGCAACCCUUCCCAGCCGUGUUACGAGCAGUUUGCCUUCCAAAGUUUACCUGAGCAGCAAGAUCAGCCUUGGCGGAUACCUUACUGUGGGAUGCCGCAGGAUCCCGCAAGGUAUCAGGACAGCCGGGAGAAGGUCUAUAUAAACCUGUGCAACAUCUUUCCUCCAGACCUUGUGAGAAUAGUUAUGAAAAGAAAUCCUCACAUGACUGAUGCUCAGCAACUGGCAGCAGCCAUUUUAGUGGAAAAAUCUCAGCUAGGUUAUUGACGAUGUGAUGAUGAUGAUGAUGCAUCUUUAAGGUGUCUUAUUAGUUCAGUCUCAGCUGUAAUGCUGAGGGAGGUUUGCUACAAUAGCAUAUGUGAUCUCCUUCUCAGCAAGGAGGUUAUCUAGUAAUCCAUUUAUGUGAAAUAUCGGGGUGUGCAUUCAAAUAUGCUGAAUUAAGAAAAAAAAGGAAAAAAGCCAUUUCAGCUUUUUCUGGCUUUUUCUUUUUAGGCUGAUAAAAAGAGGCACCAUUUUUAAUGGAGCCAAAAAGGCAGAGCUCCCCAAAACCCUGACCCCCCCCCCCCCCCCCCCCCCAAGCUUUUCCAGGUCUAUUAUCAUUGCGGGUUUGGUUUUUCGAGGUAGAGUCACCAAAUUUGCAACGUAGCUGCAGGUGACUCUUGCAAGAAUCCCCGAGUUUGGUGAAGAUUGAGUCAGGAGUCCAAUUUUAUGAGCCCCCAGUUUUCCCCCAUUGUUCCCAAUGGAUGAUAGAGUGAACAUUCUCUUUUGGGGUCCAUAAAAUUGGACCCCCUGGCCCAAUCUUUACCAAAGCUGGGUGGUGUUGUAAGGAAUCUCAUCUGCAGCUUUGCUGCCGAUUUGGUGGCCAUACCUUGAAAAAACUGCUUCCCACAGAGCACCACAAAGUUUUCACAUAGGGCAGGGAUCUGCAUCCUGCGGCUCUCCAGAUGUUCAUGGACUACAAUUCCCAUCAGCUCCAUUUUUAAUGGCCAAUUGGCCGGGGCUAAUGGCCAAUUGCCCGGGGCAUGGCCAAUUGGCCGGGGCUAAUGGAAAUUGUAGUCCACAUGAACAUCUGGAGAGCCGCAGGUUGCAGACCCCUGACAUAGGGUUUAAUAAAUCCAAACAUUUUAAAAUACUCAGAAAAAGCCAAAAAAAACCCCAACCCAACCAUAUGGGGAUUUAGCUUUUUUGACUGUUCUGAAAAUUUUGGGGAAAUUAUUAAACUCAAAUCCAGAAAGUUCCGGAAAAAACAUUGUUGCACACCCCUAAUGAAAUACUGUGCUAUGGAAUCUGUAUGUACAAUCCCACGCAUUGAAAGUGACAGGUUUGUUUCAAAUGCUAACUUGAAUUUUUUAAAGAAGAAAUGUCAUGACUGGAAGAUCUUUCCAGUUUAAUAUAUUAUUAUGUCUGUGUUCUCCAAUAGAGAAUCUUCAGUGCAGUGGGGGGUUUUAUAUGCAGCACUUUCAAAAGUUUAUGUGUUUAUUAAAUUAAUGGGUGUUUUUGUCCUUCCAAGUGCAAAACUUUUUUUGAAGAAAAAACAAACCCCUGCAGAGAACGGAGAGGAUUUUAAUGCACACAGAAAACAGUUUUCAAUCUAAGCUUAUUAUGAAUUAUUUUUAUUGCAAUUAAGUUAUUUUUUAUUUGUGUGAUUUUCUUUUUGUGCUAUUAUUAUUUUAUUUAUAGAAAACAAAGGUCUUCUAUAGCACUGACUUUAUUUUUUAAACUAUAUGUGUGAGUUACCUCUUUUAAUGUUGAAAACGGUAACAAUAUAUUAGUAUUUUAUAGUAUGGCACUUUUCAUUUGUGUUUUUUUUUAAUUGAAAUUAUUUGGUGAUCACUGUUGAUUUUGGUGCAAGCAGAUGCAAUCAGUAGGAGAACCUGCCAUCCCUAAUUUAUUAUUAUGUAGAAGCCAAAAGCCUUUUUUUAUGCGGGCUUUGAAGAUGCUGAACGCCUACAAACUUGUGCUGUUGAAACUUACGCUAUCUGUUGAGGUUACAGCCUUUCCCAGCUAUUGUGUACUUCCAGUCAUCAAAAAUAGUAAUGAAAUUUGAAAUUUGUUUUUAGAUAUCUCUCUUGCUCCUUCAACUGAUACACAGGUAUACUGGAUACAAUGCUUUUUUCAUAAAAAAAAAUACCUGUUUUUAAAAGAAACAAAGUGUUCUCAAUGCAAUUUUUGUAUAUAAGAUACUGUGUAUUUUUUCAUUCUAUUUAUCAAGGCUGGCCUGUGGAAGGUUUCAUGUUGUGUUGAAGAUAUGCAACAUUUUAAUAACUGCACUAUAGUAAUAGCAUUGUAGCUGAGAAUGGUCCAUUCUCGGGUUUUUUGUAAGAUACCAUUCGGAGUUCGGAAAAGUUAGGUUUUCUGGCCUGUUGUAUUGGGUAGGCCUGAUUCUUGACUCAAACACUCAUGGUUUUAGAAGCAGACAGAACGGUCUCUUCUAGUAUUAGUAAGGGAUAUUUCUGAUUUUAGGUCAUGAGUUCUGCUAUCUCUUUUAAAGUGUACUUUUGUGUAGAUAUAUUAGUAGUAGAUCUCACAGUCAGUGACAGUCUUACUUAGAUGUCAUAAUCAAUCACUUACAAUGCUAGAAUUUUCCUGCAGAUUAACACUACGUGAUGGUUCCUUUGUUUACAGCGUGGGUGCUGAUAAUAACCGGGUUCAUAGAUGCUGCUUCACAACCCUGUAGAACCAGAAAGUACCUUUUACUGUUGAUGCAAAUUGUAUCUUUAACUUUGGGAACUAUUUUGAUGUCUAGAUCUAUCUUGAAAAUCACGCGCACAAAUAUGUAAAGAAGAAUUAGACUUUCGGGCAACAUUUUAUCCUUUAUUUAAAAGAUGUAGAAUUUAAACCCAAAACUCUCGUAGGUGGGCAAAAACUCGGGUGUUCAUCGACUUAUCUUUUCCUCCUUCAAGAACCCCAAGCGAGAUCCUAUCAAGAAAAUAAUGGUAAAAUGCUGCCUGAAAAGAAUGUCCAAGCACCUUUUUGAAUAGGAAAACAUUUUUCACUACUUGUGUGACACUAUGUGUUGCAAGAAGUGGGGUUUGGGUAUACAGUAAAUGCUCCUGCCAAGCAUUGUACUUUAGAUGUAUCCAGUAAUCUGAACCAUGUUCAGCUAAUUCAGGAAUUGUUCUUCUACACAGCUUUCACUGUAGACAAUUGAAACGGGAUCUCAGUUUGGUUAGGUCCAGCUGCUGUCCUGUAUGGUUUUGGGUGCUUCUGUUUUCUACUCUGUCCACCUCUGCUUAGGCAGCACCUAUUGCCCUGUUAAUUUUCUCCCCCUUACCUCCAUUGUUCCUUCCCCAUUGGAUGACUUUUAAUGGAAGUCAUGCAUUGUGAACGGAAACAGGGUACAAUUAAUCUAUGUACUACUUCUUUGCAGGCCUCUUGAAACAAGUGGGAAUUGCACAGAAGCAUGACUCAUUCAUUUCAAUGGGGCUUCUACACGUGAGAUCCCGGGGUGCGUUGCUCCCCCCGGAAAUAGCUGGUUCAUGUUUUGUUUGUGACUUAUAUUUUAAUUAAUAUUUCAGCGGCCAUUUUAUCACUAUAUUAAUGUGUCUUUUAUAAGAUCUAAAUGAGUUCCUGCCUCGCAGAGAAUGCAGAAACAUUUAUCUCGAGUAGAAUACUUCCAUUUCUGUUUUUUAGUUUAAGUUGGUGUGUGGUGUGUUAGCCUUAGUUGGCUUAGCUGUAGCCUACAAACUGUAUGAGAGGGCUUGACUGUGCGCCGUGUGAUAUAGUGUGAAGUGAACUGCUACCUUGUAUAUUUAAUACAUAACAAUUAAUUUAAAUAUAUAUCCAACAACAGCCUGUGGGUCGACUGGACUAGAGAUUCCAGCAUGUCCAGACUACAGCAGCCUCUCUUUUGGUGUUCACAUCUGGUCUUUUGUGAUGUCCUUCCUAGGUACAUUCUGUACAUAUUCAUUAAAAGUUGGUGAAAAACAUUAUACCAUGUUCUGCAAGCAGACUUGUAGUGGGGGAAAAUGGCAUUCAGGGCAAAGUGGCAACCCGCACCCAGCCCCCCGCACCCACCUUUGUGCCCCACUUACCUGAGCCGGUGGCGGUCCCAGGCAGCCUGGCGGGCAGGACCAAGGGGUGCCCGACUGCGGCCGCUGCCAGGCCUGGUGGAGCGGGGCUGAGGUACGCUCGGCUGUGGCCCCUGCUGGGCCUGGCAAGGCUGAGAGGUGCCCUCUGGCGGCCCCCUAGGCCGCUUCUUCAGCCUGUGGAGCCUCCACCAGCUGAAGGAGCAGCCUGACGGGGCAAGGGCCGGCUGGGGGGGAGGGGUGUGGUGAUUGAUUGGGAGCUCACCCGGGGCAUUUGUCCCUACCCCUCCCCAUGGUAGCUACGCCACUGUCUGCAAGAGCCUUUCCCUGCUUGCCUCUUUCAGACCGUAGAACCCUGCCCUCAGAACAUCCUUUUCCUGAAAAAAAAGAAAAGAAAAAAGGUUAGCCAGGCUAAUCUCCAGGUCAAAUCCUAAGCAACUCCUGAAUAGCUGAUUGGUUUUGCUAAGUCUGUGACUGCACCUUUCUGUGCUCUUUAACAGCUUUUCAGACAAGCUGAAAACGUAUCUUGCAAACUGACAGGAAAGCAACAAUGUGCAGCCGUUGGGCUUGUUCACUUCCUUUGAGAAAGUCAGCAAAAAUUCAGGAUCUUCGGCUGUUCCCCUGGUGUUGCCCUUCCAGGCUGUUUUGAAAAAUAGGUUUCAGCAAUGACUGGCCAGUGUCAGGAAAAGAAACACGGUCACGCUAAAGAGAUGCCAGAUCUAAAUUCUCAUCUCAGAGGAGGUUUUCCUGGGCUAUAGCCACAAGGGAAGAGUGUAAAAACUGCCAUACAUGAGUAGAGCAUCUGCAAAUGCUGGUUUGGACUCCAGCCAUUGUGACUGUGAAAUUAAAUUUGCUAUCAGUGCACAUCAUUUUAGAAUCUGGAAAGUGCGAUCCAAUCUGGUCUAAUUGAUCACAAAAGACGAAUACAAUAGAAGAGUAGGCCAAAGCCAAUACUAAAAUAGGACUUUAUUUGUGUGUGUGUGCAUUUUAAUUACUUUGAAGCUCUUCGCAAAAGAAAUAUAAGUUAUUCAGAAAACGUUUCAGUAUUUAAUGUAUGAAUAUAACUGUGAGUAUAUAUAGUUGUGCAACACGGUAUUUAUUUCAUGCUAAAGGCAUUUGGUCAGGUUUUUAUUUUUAAUCUUCUGGGAUGACUCCAGAAGCAUCAAAGAUUAAUUUGGCUAGUACUAGUUUUUAUAACUUGUGACAGUAUUAAAGCAUUCCCAACCCCUGCUCCACCGUCACUACACUUCUUCAUUCUCAUCCCCGCUUGUACCAGCAGUUAGUUAUCUGAAGAAAGAAGGUAUUACCAGAAGUAUGUUUACAUGUGAUUGGCCUUUCAUUUUUCAGUAGAUCAAAUUGGACAGAAUAUGGCCCCUUCUGCACAUGCAGAAUAAGGCACUUUCAAUCAACAUUCAGUGUAUUUUGAAGCUUUGCGAAAUAGCGAAAUCAACUUGCAAACAAUUGUGAAAGUGGAUUAAAGUGGAUUAUUAUGCAUGUGCGGAAGGGGCCUAUAACACAACAGACUAUAACAUAAUAUAACUUAUAACAAAAUAUAACACAAUGGAGAUUUCUCUGCUUGUGAAGCAGUAUUUUCUCCUGUUCUGUCUUCUAUGAUACCCAGUUUCAGAGCAGUCCAUCUCCCUGCCAUGCUAAAAAUCAAAUGUAUUUGAUGCCUGUUGUUCUUCCAUGACUCAAUGAUGGCUUUUUAUCAUCCUUCCCCAAGCUAAUUAUUUUAGUUACUCAGAUCCAAGAUUGGGAGAAGCUCUUGCAACUGAUUGGAUGAUGCAGUUGAACUGAAGAGGUGAGUGGGAGUUUGAGCUAUGAUUAAGGGGAUAAUGUUGUUAAAAAAAUGGAAGUAUAGUGGAAGACUGAAGUGCAUUGCAUACUUAAAACCUAAAUUCUUUUUUCUUCUUCUUCAGGGAGGCUGAGAAUGACUUUUCUUGGCACAUAACAUUGUUUUGGUUCAAAAGGUCAUCAUGUGUUCAUUACGAGAUCAAUCCAAAUAUGCCAGUUUAUGUAGCACCUUUUGAAAAAAAUCCAGAACCUAAAUUAGGAUAUAUCAGAUUUUGGAUUUUUUCCCCACAAGAUGCUAAAAAUGGCUCUUUAACCUUAAUCAUGGCAUUUAUUGUUGACAUAUGUGGAGUUCUAGGACUCUUAACAGCCCAAUCCAUAAUGGGGAGGAGGGGCUGAAGAGACUCAUGGAAGCAGUGCGUGGCCGGGUUAGCGGAUUUGCCUUCCCUGGACCACUUACCCCCGUGAAGUUCCCCCCUCCCCCUAGGUUUUGAAAAACACAUAAUGAAACUUUCAUAUUGUGGAUGUUGUGACAUCGUUAUGGAGACACUUGAAAUAUCUGCAUUGCCCAUGGAAACCCUAUCGCCAUAGUGGCUUUAGCAUGUCAGCAAAACCAAGAUCAAAUCUUGCCCAUAUUUAUCAAAACUUCACACACACACACGUACCCGUUGUAUUCUGUGAUGCUACAUUUUCAAUUUAAAUUAAAAUUUGUGGGUAAUAAAGAGUUACAAUGUCAUAUGUGUCUUUAUUCUGUUGCCUUCAUUUGUUCACCCUUUCUGCCUUCGUGUUUUUCCUAUUUUAACUCUUUCAAUAAAACCCUUUCUUUCCUUUGACUUUUAUAUUUCAGGUUUUUAAAAAUCUAGUCCUUUUUUUUUGCUUGGCAGAUACUGGAUAGAUAGGUACUUCCUACAGUUUUGGUGUAUUUAGUUGGCAUUAUGUGGAAUGGCUCAAAAUAGGGUAGUCUGUAUCUCAACGGUAAAAAUACUAUAGGGAAAUAUUUAUUUCAAUUUUAAUGUAUUUAUGUGGGAAAUUAAUCCUUGCUUUUAAAGAUGGGCAAUAAAGUGUCUCCCCUUGCUUGUUUUUAAAACUGGUUGUAGGAAGGAGAAAGGAAAACAAAUGUGAACCCCCUUGGGCCAUGCAUUUAUUUUAAGAGGUUAUAUUUAAAAUACAUUUGUUGCUUUUUCUGUAAUUCGUGAACAACAGAAAAUGUUAUGGAAUAAUGUGAUAUAAGAUAUUGCUUAAGAUGAUUUAGUCUGUCUGGCUGAGCUGCAGAUGGAUCUAUAUUAAGCAACUUUAAAUGAAACUCUGCUUGAUAAUACGAUACUUAAUUAAAGUUGGUGAAGUGUUUAACUGUGAGUGACAGAUGGGUCUGGUGGGAAGUUGGUGUCCACAAAAGGCAGAAACAUCAGUAACGUUGCAGUGUGUACUUUUCAGUGUAUUGAUAAAUCAUUACCUCUUAACAAAAUAGAGUCAUGUUUAAUAGUAUAGCUGCAUAAGUACAUGAAAUUCAUUUUGUAAUGGUAAUCUUCAGAGAAAAAUACUGUUGGUGUUUUCAUUGUAAGAAGGAAAUCUCUUCUAUUAAACCAUACCCUCUAUCAA